GGCGCUCCGGGUCCGCCUCCACCGCACGCCUAUCCGUUCGCGCCGGCCGCCGGGGCCGCCACCAGCGCCGCCGCCGAGCCUGAGGGCCCCGGGGCUAGUUGCGCGGCCGCCGCCAAGGCGCCGGUGAAGAAGAACGCAAAGGUGGCCAGCGUGAGCGUGCAGCUGGAGAUGAAGGCGCUGUGGGACGAGUUCAACCAACUGGGCACGGAGAUGAUCGUCACCAAAGCCGGCAGGCGCAUGUUCCCCACGUUCCAAGUGAAGGUCUUCGGCAUGGACCCCAUGGCUGACUAUAUGCUGCUCAUGGACUUUGUGCCGGUGGACGACAAACGCUACCGGUAUGCCUUCCAUAGCUCCUCGUGGCUGGUGGCCGGAAAGGCAGACCCUGCCACACCAGGCAGGGUGCACUACCACCCGGAUUCGCCUGCCAAGGGUGCACAGUGGAUGAAGCAAAUUGUGUCCUUUGACAAGCUCAAACUGACCAACAACCUGCUGGAUGACAACGGCCAUAUUAUUCUCAACUCUAUGCACAGAUACCAGCCCCGCUUCCACGUUGUCUAUGUGGACCCACGAAAGGACAGUGAGAAAUAUGCCGAGGAGAAUUUCAAAACCUUUGUGUUUGAGGAGACUCGCUUCACAGCCGUCACCGCAUACCAAAAUCACCGGAUCACGCAGCUCAAGAUCGCCAGCAACCCCUUCGCCAAAGGCUUCCGGGACUGCGACCCUGAGGACUGGCCUCGAAAUCACAGACCCGGCGCACUGCCCCUCAUGAGUGCCUUUGCGCGCUCGCGGAAUCCUGUGGCCUCCCCCACGCAGCCCAACGGCGCGGAGAAAGACGCGGCCGAGGCCCGGAGAGAUUUCGAGCGCGACGCGGGCGGGCCGGCGGGGCUCGGGGAUCCGGCGCCCCCGCCGCAACUGCUGGCGCGGGUGCUGAGCCCCGCGUUGCCCGGGGCCGGCGGCGCCGGCGGCCUCGUACCGCUACCUGGGGGUCGCCCCAGCCCCCCGCAUCCUGAGCUGCGUCUGGAGGCGCCCGGCGCGUCCGAACCGCUGCACCACCACCCCUACAAGUACCCGGCCACUGCCUACGACCACUACCUCGGGGCUAAGAGCCGGCCGGCGCCCUACCCACUGCCUGGCCUGCGUGGCCACGGCUAUCAUCCUCACGCGCACCCGCACGCGCAUCCUCACCCGCACCACCACCCUGCUGUGAGUUCUGCUGCGGCUGCGGCUGCGGCCGCCGCCGCUGCCGCCGCCGCCAACAUGUACUCGUCCGCUGGGGCCGCGCCGCCAGGCUCCUACGAUUACUGCCCAAGAUAA